AUGGCGGUUUUUAUCCUUUGUUUGGGUAUUCACAGCGAUUUCGCUGUUCUUACUUGGAGAAGAAAUGUGAUUUCCGAUGCCGAUGCCUCUCUCGUUUUUGCAGCUGCAGCCUCCCAUCACUGGAAGAAGGGUUCCGCAGUGAAAUCACUCAAAUCCUUGAAUGCAUCGGUUCGUGCAUCGCUUCCGGAGUCAGGGGAAGCUAUAUGUCAAUCGCUAGCCGGGUUUGCAAGGGAAUUGCUGGGAUACAACAAGUUCACUAAGACGUUUCCGCCCGAGCCUAGCCCUGAUGAACGUUGUCAACUUCGACCUCUCAAACAGAAAGAUAUCAUGUCUGAUCGGCGCGUUUUCACUUUGCAAUCACCUUCUGGAGAUGAUGGACAAGCUCGCAACAAGUAUUACCGAUUUAAAUAUCUUUGUAUCGCCGACUUGGAGAAGCAUGGUAUCAGCCGGAUCACUUUUGACUGGAAGGCGCCUGAUAGCGAUCCUUGGAAUCGUACUAUGGCAGUAUUCCUUUUCAAACAUUGGCAAUAUGCCAACACUCAAGGUGCUUUCAAGGAGGCAGUUCCCUCCGAGAACGACGAGGAUACAUGUAUCGGUAUAAUCCUUCGAUGGAUGCGAGGACGCGCUGUGGACAUCCGCCAAGGACGCCGAUCUCCUGAGAAGAUUCUACGGAAGGAGACAUGUCGUAAGAAGAUAAAGUCUCUUUUACAGCUAUUUGAAUACCGGAAACAAUCACUUCAUCGUGUUUUAUUGGCAGCAAACCUUCCGAACAGCGAAGAAGAGCUGUUACCUUCGCAGGACUGCUGCUCCGAGACGGAGUGGGAACCCGAAAAAACACACUGCCAUUCAAUUGGGCUUGUCUGGCGUAGCAGACAGUAUGCUUCAUUACUGCAUCAAAUUGAUAAAGCAUCUUUCAAGUACUGUGCUUCUCAAAAUGGCCUAUUAAUUGCAUCACAACGGUUUGACCAAUGUCGCAUCGAGGCAACUCGUACCAAUCCAAAUGCUCCAUAUAGUGAACAAAGUCGUAUCAUAUCUGUGGUUGUCUUUACAUACAUAUUUUCAAUAGCAAUAGAAGUUGGAUUAGUAGAAAUGUAUCGAGUCAAUUUCAAGUGGAAGACAUGUCCGAAAUGCCCUGAAUACAUAAAGUGGUUAGCUUGGGUACAUUGUAUCCAUAACUUACAGUGA